AAGCUCGUCAUUAUUCGAUGCUAUCUGUAUCAUGCAUUUACAUAUCCAGUUGACAACCAGUGGCAUUUACCACCGACCAUGCUCAAAGAUGCAUUGUCUUUUGGAUAUUUUGGAUACAUCGCUGACGCUUUCCUGAGGGCUGAACUUGGCCCACACCCUCCUCAUACACUGCCAGCACUCGUUAACUCCGUGUCCUCAUCGUUGUCCCACAUCUCCCCGCGGAGGCGUGCCCACGCCGCUCAAAUACAGCGCUGCAGACGCGCGCCAGGCUACUCAUUCGGUUUGUCAGAGCGUACAGUGAAGGUAAGCAGAGCCGCGCUGCACACGCCAAGGAGAACAUGCGUUUGUCUCGAACCAUAUCCACUCCCGACAUUGUGAAACAGCGCGUUCGUCUUAGUGUAUCGUGAAGCGCCACUACCGCUACAAUUUCGAUUUUGGUGAAAAAAGUUUUACGAGGUGACAAAAGGUACGACUGUUUGGACGUCUACUUUCCAUUUAGCUGUUUGUGGAGGACGCGUGAUUUACCUGUGCCGGACCAAAAGCGAAGAUUGCAUGAAAGAUCUCAAGGCUAUACUCAGCUGUGCCACACUGGGAGGCUUACUGGAUAAGCAGAAACAUCCCUGUGACUCCAAAAAAAAGUGUCUCCGCUGUCUUCUAUCACAAUGGCCCUGGCCUCCUUCCAUCUGAUGCAAACUCUAAAGAACUCUCCAGCGGCUCUGCGUCGGCGAUUCCGUCGUGACCACACAGAGAGCCUGUCUCACGGCGAUCCUCUCUUCAAAGUGCACUACCUUGGCACCAAGAAGAUCUUCUCCCUGGACUUAGAGCAGGCAGAGGAUGCCAUCGAUCGACUCCUGGAUGGGGCCCCUGGGAAGCUUUCUAAAGAUCACGCCCUGGUAGUGCGACCCCGAUAUGUCGAAGUUAAAGAACUAAGCACUGGAAGACAGCUCACCAAGACCUACUUGCAGGAUAUCGCAUACUGUGCCUCGCACACGGCCAGACCCAAUGUGUUUCUGUACAUCUGCAGGCAGCCCGGUCAGCAGCUACAAUGCAGAGUGUUCUGGUGCAGUCGGGCAGAAAGGGCAAAGGACAUGACCGCCUGCCUGGCAAUGUCGUUUCAGCAAGCGCUCAACGACUGGCAGGGUGGAUGUGCCACUUUGCCACAAGGGGAAGGAAUCACUAAAGAGCCAGAGAUUCCUGGUACACCCACUGCACCCAAAGGGUCAACAUUGCCAGCUAGUCUGGGGAAAGUCCGUUGGAAGAAGAGGGGGUCGGUGUCCCGCAGUCCUCUCCGUGCCAUUUCCAGCAGAGGUUCUGCCAGCGACAACUGGCACUGAUGGUCACCAACCCACCCUGAACCUUGACAACAUUCAUUUUGUGAUGCUUGGGAAUUUCCAGCAUUGAAUGUGAGGAAAAGAACAACCACACCUACAGCUGAUGGAAUUUUUGAGCUUUGGUAG